AUGAAGCCCUCGGCCUUGUUGGUGGUGGCAUCGCUCACGUUGGCACAGGCAGCGGCGGUCGACCGGCCAAACGCUGUGAGGCGGGACUUUGUCUCAAGUCUGCUCAGCAGUCUGGGCAUUGGCGGCAACAAAGAUGCCAACAACGACAGCGGAAACGGCAACGGGAAUGGCAACGACAAUGGAAAUGGCAGAGGCAACAAUGGCAACAACGACAGCAACAACAGCAACAAUGGCAACGGCAGAAACGGAGGAGACGCCAAUGCCAACAACGGCGCCAACAACAACUGCCCAACCGUCAGCACCGUAACUGCACGCCAAACGAUUACUGUUGGUGCCCAGCCUGCCGACACCGGCAAUGCGACCGUGAUUGCUGUGUCUCGGUCACCCGCAGAGCCGUCCGCUCCUGUUGCUCCUGUUGCAGCUGGUGCCGCCGGUGCCGCUGGUGCCGCUGGUGCCGCUGGUGCCGCUGUGUCGCCUACAGCCGCCGUCGCUCUCGGUGCGGCAGCUGUAUCCGCUGCACCUGCUACGGUGACGGUGACGGUCUCGGCCGAUGCGACGACCGUGACAGAGACUGUCAGUGUGACUGUGACGGCAGCUGCAGCUGGUGCGGCGGCCGCUGCGCCCGCGCCUGUGGCGGUGUCAUCGGCUGCCGUGGCCGGUGCUGCGGCUGCCGCGUCGUCUCCUGCCGCUGCCCCCGUGGCUGCGACUGAUGCAGCUGCGGCGGGUGGCGUCGCGGCAGGUGGUGCCGUUGAUGGUACACCCACGGGCGGUGUCGGUGUCACGGUCAUUGCCGUGCCCGCCGCUGCGCGCACCUCCACCAAGGUCGUGCCACCCGCGGCGUCUGCUGUUGCCGCGACGGCUCCGGCCGUUGCGGCCACCUCGAAUGUCGCGGGUGCUGCUGCCGCGACCUCUCCGUCCCUCGCUGCGCUCCCGCCUCUGUCGACGUCCACCUCGGCCGCUGCUGUUGGUCUCCCGCCGCUCUCGUCUGCCACCUCGCUUGCUGUCCAACCCGCCGCUGUGUCCACCACCGCCUCCUCUGCCAACACUCUCGUCCCCCUAGGUGGAACCACGGCUGCUGCUGGUCUCCCUGCUUUGACUGCUCUGACCUCAAUCAACUCGCUGCAGACGACCGUGGACCUGGGAUCUGUGCAGACGACGGCCGCGCCGGUCGCUGCUGCACCGGCUGUAGCCAACAACCCGCAGGAGCUGUCGAUCAACCUAAGCGGCCUGUCUCUGAACAGUGUGCUGACCCUCGGUAACCUGGCGGCCCAGACAUUAGUGCCUGCUUGA